AUGGCAGACGACGCAGGUACUAAUGAGACGGAUCCAAUUAAGCAGUUCGAUGCAAACAACCCAUGGAACAUCCUGCUAACGUUGAGACCAUCAGACGUAGGCACGAGUAAUACAUUAACGGUUCCGAGAGUGUCGGCAGAAACAAGGAUGCUUCCUUUCUUGAGUAUGUAUCGUUUCAGAGGGUACGUAGACUUUUAUGAUGUUGAAAGUGACGUCGUAACAACUCUUACCUUAAAAAGACAAAGAAAUGGAGACUAUCAUUUUCAUGGAUGGAGUAUGGUUCUCGAACGAAAACAUUGCAAGACAGGAGAUACUGUUGUGUUUUGGUGGGAUAAUCUUCACCGUAGAUUUAAUUUCGAACUAGUCUUGAUUGCUUAG